AUGGGUGCUCUGGUGAAUGGGCUGCAUGUGCAAUGGCGGCAGCCGCCGGCCGAGAGCGCCACCGGUCCGGCGGCCGUGUGCCGGGCAGUUGGCAAUGCCGCGGCCUGGUCCGGCCGGCGGUGUGGACGGCGCGCAUGGGCCCGCGAGAAUCGGCGCAUCCGCGAGGAGGGGGCUGUGCCCGGGCCGGGGCGCCUUGGGCCCGUGUGCCGGCCGGUGCGUGUGCAGUACGGCCCGCUGGCCGGCAUCGACCAGGCAGCCACCAUGACCCCCGACGCCAGCAGGCAGGGCAGCAGGACGCCGGCGGCACCGCCGGCCCUGCUGCUGAGCCUGGGGCCGCUGCUGUUGCUGGCGGCCCUGCUCGGCGGGGGGGCGGCCCCCGCGCGGGGGCAGGCCCCCACGUCGGAUGUCUUCCUGCACGCCACCUGGCAUGCGGGGUUCAGGCCGGAGUCGUUCGGGCCGGCGGUCACCCUGCCCGGGGCGCCGUCCUACCUGGUGGACAACUACCUGCAGAAUGGCAACAUGUACGUGCAGAAUACCUCGCUGAAGGAGGUGGAGGAGGUCCGCUUCGGCGGGCACUUCACGCGGUAUUGGGGCUUCGCCCCGCGGACGACCAUCCCGGCCGGGGUGACCCCCCGGUGGAUGGGGCUGGCGCUGGCCGGGCACGACCGCCCGGUGGGGGUCCUGCACUCGGACCAGUGGGCCGUGCUCUUCACCGAGAGGGACCAGCGACACUUCCCGGUGAAGCCGGUGAGCCUGCUGGCCGGCCGGGCGGUGGCCGCCAACCGGGUGGACCUGCUGGGGCUGGUGGAGCCGCCGGCCGGGCCGCGGGAGGUCCACCUGUGGGAGCUGACCGAGGCCAGCCUGCUGCGGGUGCCCUUCGGCGUGCCGGUGGCCGGGGGCGAGUCGGCCCACGCGUGCCCCGGGCCCGGCCGGGCAUUCUACCUGUCGGUGGGGCAGACCCUGCAGCAUGUGAGCCAUGCGGGGGUGGCCGGCGGCCCGGCCAGCGUCCAGGCCAUCCCCCUGCCGGCGGGUAUGGGGGCCAUCCGGCAGCUGGCCGUCACGCGGCUGGUGGCCGAUGCCGGCCACUGCCCCGGGGCCGGGGAUGUGGUGCUCCUGCUGGACAGCGACCAGGUGCAUGUGAUCCCGUGUGCGGGGGCCGCGGCGCCGGCCGCCGGGCUGCCCUUCACGGCGUCGCUGCCGGCCGCGGCGUCGGCCGCCACCGGGCGCCUGGUCGUCCCGCCGGAGGCCGCGGCCCUGGACCAGGCGUAUGGCUUCCUGUACUUCCUGCAGCCGGGCCCGGGCCCGGCCGGGGCGCCGAUGCAGCUGUGGCGGGCCGGGGUCCAGGCCGGCGGGCUUGCCUGGCGGCGGCUGGUCCUGCCCCCCGGGCACGCGGCGCCCGGGCACCUGCAGCUGGUUCGCCUGCGGCUGAACCGGGCCCAGGACCAGGUCGGCGAGUGGGCCCUCAUGGCCGACAAGGACCUGCUGCUGGAGUCCGAGCGCUUUGGCUGCGACACCGAUGGCAGCAUCGUGUGUGACGGCCCGGCCGGGGUGACCGGCUCCGCGCGGGGGUGGGCCUGCGCCCCGGGCCGGGUGCUGUCGCCGUUCGUGGCCCCGGGGCAACUGUGCGCCGACUGCGCCGAAGAGCACUACCUCGACCGGCCGGAAGCCGAGCCGCCCUUCUCCGCGCCCGGCCACACGUGCCGGCCCUGCGCCGACAGCAUGUGCCAAGUGUGCGAUGCCCAUGAUUGCCUGGUGUGCAAGGGGGCGCUGCUGCUGCAGCCGACCGGCCCGGGCGGCGGCAUGGCCUGCGUGGGGGCCUGCUCCGGGGGCUUCACCCGGCAGGGGGGUGUCUGCCUGCCGGCGGCCACGCGCCUGGACGUGGCCCACAUGGCGGCCGCCGGGGGGGAGGUCCUGCCGGGGCCGGUGUCGGCGGCCGAGGUGACCGGCAUCGGGGCCACCCGGCUCGGGGUGGACCCGGCCACCGGGCUGCCGGUCAUCCCGCCGGUGGGCACCGAGCCGCGGAAUGUCCUGCUCUUUGCCGGGGCCGGGGCCGACCCGGUGGUCAUGCGGCUGGAGGACAUCGGCCGGCCGGGGAAGCCGGCCCCGGUGCCGGUGCGGCUCUUCACCGCGACCCCCGGGCCGCAGGUGCUGGCCAUGACGGAGCUCGGGCCGAUGCUGGACUCGGCCGGCCAGCUGGUCAUGGGGAUCGUGGUCAUGCAGGAGUCCGGCUGGGUGAUGGUCACCUGGCUGUCGUGCCAGCCGCCGGCCCCGGGGGAGGGGUGCACCGUGGCCGGGCCCGGGACGCCGGGCUUCUUCACGUCGCACAUGCUGCCGCUGGCCCAGCGCCUGGGCGAGCGCCACUUCAUGCUGAUGGACGACUACCUGAUGACGUCGAUUAUUCAGGCGGACCCGGACGCCCGGACGCUGGACUACAAUUGGCACCAGGCGUCGGAUGUGCUGCCGGUGCCCGGCGAGUGGGUGGUGCAGGUGCUGGGCAAGAACCAUGUCGGGGUCGGGCCCUUGGACUUGGUGGCCCGGGAUGACCCGCGGUGGUGGUGGACCGCCGGCGGGGAGGCCCUGCUGCCGGCGGCCAGCUGGCCGGACGACCAGUACCGGGCGGUUCUCCUCCCCCGGGGCCCGGAGGGGGCCCCCGGCCCGGGGCCGGAGCUGGUCCUGGUGGAGGACACCGCGGCCCAUGCGUGGGAUGUCGUCCGGAUGCCGGGGAGCCUGGCGCCGGUGGCCGGCACCCGGACGCACGGCGGGCGGACCGUGCGACAGAGGCUCGGCAUGCUGCCGGACCGGCCGCGGCUGGGGGCCGAGGAUGCGCCGGACGCGCGGGUCUUCGGGGUCCGGCUGGCCGGCGGGUCGGCCGAGUACCCGAGCGCCCUGGUGCUGCUGUCGCGCAAGUAUGUGGCCGUGUCGGUGCUGUGGUGCCGGCCUGGCGGCCGGGCCGCGGCGUGCGUCCUGCUGCCGGCGGUCCGGGCCGACCUGCCGGUGGAGCUCCGACUCCCGAGCACCGGGCCCCUGUGGGCGGAGCCGGUGGUCCACACGCCGGCCGGCCCGUCGGCCCAUGCCCCGGGGCUGCUGGUCAGUGUGCUGACCUACGCCAAGACCAUGGGGCCGGUGUAUGUGCGGCUGCGGGCCACCUGCCCGCCGGGCACCGUCGGCCUGGGGUGCCGGGCGUGCGACGCCGGGUGCGCCGAGUGCUGGGCCCCGGCCGACCCGGCGGCCUGCACGGCCUGCCCGCCGGGGCACUUCCUGGCGGCCGAGGGGGGCACCUGCGCGGGCACCUGCGCGGCCGGCACCAUGCCCGGGUCCGGGCCCGACGCCGGGGCAUGUGUGCCCUGCCCGCCGGGGACCGCCGGCCCGGGCUGCCAGCCAUGCCACCCGACGUGCAUGCUGUGCUCGGCCCCGGGGGAUCCGGCGGCCUGCACCGGCUGCCCGCCCGGCCGGCUGAUGACCCCCGGGGGCGCUUGCAUGGAGCUGUGCACCGGCGGCACCAUGCCCGGGUUCGGAGCCAGCGAGGGCAGCUGCGUGCCCUGCCCGGCCAGCUGCCUCGCCUAGGCCGGCGACCGGAUCGCCCCCGGCGUGCUGCCGGGGCGGAGAGGGCAUGUGUGCAUAGGCCGCCGCCUGAGACGAGGCCGCGCUGGAGCGAGGGAGAGAGAGAGAGAGAGAGAGCGAGAACCGUGGGUGCCUUUUGGCUGGCUGUGACCGGGGCGCCGCGGGCCGCCGGAAAGGAUGCCGAUCCAGCGGGCCCGUGCCCCACGCCAGGGGGAUAUGUGGCCACAGGCGGUAGCAUGCUGUGGCCGAGCUCGGCGUGUGGUGGCGGCGUGCGGGGGGCAUUUCCCGCGCACACGGUGCGCAGCGGGCACCCCCAGCCAGCCGACGGCCCCCUGCCCGAGAGCGAGAGUGCGCCGCCCGCCGCGCCGGGCCCUGUGGAGUGGCAAUAAAACAGGGCGCAAAAAAAGCG